CUGCAUGAUAUAAACUUCAGUGGCUCCUGGAAUUCCUAUGAAAUGCUACAGAAUUGACAGCACUUCGCAAGGGUGGAAAGGAUACCAUUCCAAAUUCUGAAAAUGCUGAGAAAACUCAUUGACAUUUCCUGACACGGUGGCGCCACACGCGUCGGGCCGCCCACUGAUCGCUCUGCUCCUCCCCUCGUUGUGCUUUCGUACGUCUUGUAUGCCCGCCGCCUUGUCCUCGCUCUCCCCCCUCAUCUUAUCUAUCGUCCUCUUCUGGGUAUGCACCCACCUCUUGCACCGCCUCCUCGCACAGCGCACCCGAUCUCUCCUUCCCACCACCGCCGCCCUUCGCAUCACGUCUAACACCCUCCUCGCACAAACCACUGUCAACCUCCGCACCGCACACCUCGUCCUGCGCACGACCGCCCUCAACGUUUCGCAUGCGCGGCUGUCUUCCUCUCUUUCACAAAAACGAAACAGACGCUCGCGGGAGGUGCUAAAACGGUGUUAUGAUGUCGGCAGCGUGCUGGGGGUGAUUGGGAUGGCGGUUGGCUUGGGACUGGUGGGUUGGACGGCGGUGCAGCUUGCGGGGGUGGUGGCAGCCAGCGGGCGCGGGGACGUGUCUGUGGCGGACGCGUACGAGCCGAAGACGGUGUUUGCGAAACGAGACGCGUUGCACGCGGAUACAGGCAUUAGGGCAUCUGCGGACGCGCAGGUUCCGAUACACGCGAUUAUCCCCGGCCUCACCACCCCCUUCUCACACGCCCCGCUCCUUCUCCUCGCCCUUCUCUUUGCACAACUCGUGCACGAAGCCGGACACGCGCUUGCCGCCGCGUUAGAACCCGUGCCUCUCCUCUCUGCCGGUCUGUCCCUCACGCUCGUCUUCCCUUCUGCCUUCGUGUUGCUCGCUCCCUUCUCCUCUCCCUCUCCUCCCUCGGGCACUUCACUUAGUUCAGAGCACAUGACGCCGCCACCUACGGCGCGUCUCCGGCUCACUGCUGCAGGCGCGUUUCACAACCUCGUCCUCUGGCUCGUCCUCCUCCCGGCGCUCGGGCGCACUCUCUGGGGCAUGUGUGGGUAUCGCGAGGUAGGCGGAUGGGCGCGGGUCGUCGUGUGUGUUGAUGAGGACUCGCCGCUCGCGCCGCACCUCCCGCCUGGUGCGCUCAUCACGUACGUCGACGACACGCCGCUCUCCUCCGCCUCUUCAGCCGGAGAUGCGUGGAGCGCCCUCCUCUCGGCAUAUCCUGCGCAAGAAGACGCGCUCGGGUGGUGCGUCCCCCGUGCGUGGUUCGAUGAGCAGCCUAAUUCGUGCUGCCUCCCUCCAUCUCAGUCUCAUGCGGACUUGCAGGCCCAGCUCGCAUGCUUCGUCUCGCAGGACGACGGGUCGGACACGGGACGAUGUCUCGAUCCACUUCCGCUGUUGUCUGCUCUUCCGAACCCGAAGGCGCCUCGUCGGUGCGCGAGUGCGUCUGCAUGUGGCUCUGCGCAUGAGUUUGCAUGCGUGUGCCCCGGGAAAGAGGAACGGUUGGUCAGACUGCGAGUCGUGAUGCCUGUGGGUGAGGAGGGGAGAGAACGUGUGGUGGUUUGGCAGGGUGAGAAGGAGGAGAUCCUCGAGGAGGUCGAAGUAAGCACCUACCUCCCACGCACGCGUCUCCUCCCAUUACGGCUCCCACUCCUCGUCAACGCCUUCUUCACGUAUCUCCUCGCGCUCAGCCUCUCACUCUACGUAUUCAACCUCCUGCCGCUCUCGUUCCUCGAUGGCGGGCAGUUCCUCGACGCGCUGUUGGAUCUCUUCUCUUCCUUCUCUUCGGUCACGUCAGGGUUCGGAGACGGUGACGUUGAGCUGGGAAGUGUUGGCGACCAUAUGCAGGGGACGGUCGUUGGUGAAGGUCGCGCCGAACACGGCCAUGGGCGAUGGAAGCGGCGUGUGCUGCGCACGGCGCACUGGGUAUCGGCGGGGCUGGUUGGGGUGUGUGCGCUGUUGGGUACGGUGGCGGCACUCAGGUGAUGUCGGCCCCUUACAAAUGCGAUUUUACUUUGAAACCAACACCAAUUAAGAGCAUCCCUUCAGCAAGAUACCGCGAGCAUCUGCAGAUAUAGCCAGAUCCGCAUGCUAAGCUCAGCUUAGCGUUGCCGGCCUUUUGGCAUGGUGGUUCUAGAUGCCAUUCACUCCAGGAGUUCCAUUAGUGUGGCUUCACAGAAUUAGCGAGUCGAUACGUGACACGGAUCAGCAUAUAACCUGAAUAAUAUCAAUCACAUUUGAAACUGG